AAAAAAUUUUCAGCAAAUUAAUCUCUCAUCUCCUGUUCCAAUUUUAAAAACAAGGGUUUAGUUCUCUACAAAGCUUGCUUCUGUUAAUUUGAAUGGAGGGUUCAAUUGAUUUUCUUCAAUUGCUUGAUAGUGACUUAUCCUCUAAAAUUCUCUCCAAUUUGGAUGAUCCAGCUGAUGUUGUUCGUGUUGCUUCUGUUUCGCAUUCCUGGCGCCAUUUUGUGAUUGCAAGUGAAUUCUCCAAGAUUCUUUGCUUAAGAUUGUUUCCAGAAACAUCAAGCGUUAUUGCAGCCAUUGAAGAAAACAAUAUAAUAGAGCCUUCGGAGGUCGAGAGCACCGGUAGUGUGGAAGUGGAGAAGCUGAAGAAGAACCAUCAAAUUUAUGCUUUGCUAGCACGAGGUCUGGCUCCUUCUUUGACAAAAGAUUGCAUUUUCGAGGCUAUAAGUGCGUCUAGUACUGAUCAUUAUCCGGAAGAAAUGAUUCACCUCACUUUGGAACCUACUGAUAGAGUAUAUGGGAGGCCUUCUUACUGGUCAAGUUUGGGAGAGAGUAAUCCUGAGGUGCCUGAGACGUUAACUUACAAAUUGGUGUCCAAGUUGUGUUUUAUUACUGAAAUCAACAUCCAACCAUUCCAAGUGUUUUACGAUGAUUUUCCAAUAUGUUCGGCCAAGGCCGUCCGAUUUCGAGUAGGACAUGUCAGGGAUUUGCAGCGAGAGAGAUAUCUUAUAGGUGAUUAUAGGGCAGGUCGUAGAUCCAUUGAAGAUCAAGCAGUAUGGACAUACACUUCAGAAAAGUUUCCAAUGAUUCAGGAAAAUUGUUUACAAAAUUUCAAGCUACCAGAACCUGUUCUUGCCGUUGGUGGACUUCUGCAGAUCGAACUGUUGGGACGAGUGGCGCUUGCAGUUGAUGACUUAUUCUACUUUUGUAUCACUCACGUUCAAGUUGUGGGACGACCACUCGGAGAUGAUUUUGUUGCUGAGUUAAUUGAUCAGUCUAGGAAAUGCGUCUUGAAGUACAACCCAGAAACAGCUACUUGUAACAAUUGAAGCAUAUAAUUAUCUGAAGUUUGUGCAUCAGAUAUGGUGUAUUUAGAGUGUGUGAAAACUGUUAUUUCUUAUUUUAUCUUUUGCCAUUGUGUUUUCUCUGUGCCUAAAUUUAAGACAGAAUCAGGUGUUUCAUGAAACUGUUGUAAUAUUUUUCCUCAAUAAAACAUGACAUCUUUCAUGGAAAAUCAAUUGGAAUAUUCUAUUUCGAGUAUUAA